AUGACUUCACUACCAUCAAACUACAAUGACCGUCCGGUCGCAGUUCUCGGCGGCGGUGUGCUUGGCCGUCGCAUUGCCUGCACAUGGGCAUCAGGCGGCUACAACGUCCAAGUCCGCGAACCCGACGCCAAGCAACACCAGCCCUGCCUAGACUACGUCAAGCAAAACGUCGACGCCUACCCGGCGUCGGGCCGCAAGCGCGCCGGCAACGUGCAAGUCUUCCAGGACCUCGAGACCGCCGUCGCCAACGCCUGGCUCGUCAUCGAGGCCGUGCCCGAGAGAAUCGAGAUCAAGACGGACACCUUUGCCGACCUCGAGGCCGCGGCGCCCGCCGACGCCAUCCUCGCCAGCAACUCGUCGUCGUACAGGUCGUCCGAGAUGCUCGGCAAGGUGAGGGACGAGACCAAGACGCGCAUCAUGAAUACGCAUUACUACAUGCCCCCGUACAACAUGGUCGUCGAGCUGAUGACGGACGGCUUCACGCGCCCUGAGAUCUUCCCCUUCAUGACCGAGAGGCAAAAAGAGGUUGGGACCCGGCCGUUUACGGCGCGCAAGGAGUCUACCGGCUUCGUGUUUAACCGGUUGUGGGCUGCGAUUAAGAGGGAGACCUUGUCCAUUUUGGCCGAGGGCGUGUCGAGCCCCGAGGAAAUUGACACCUUGUUCUACGAACUCAGCAAGCACGGCAAGGGCCCUUGCGAAAUGAUGGACGAGGUCGGUCUCGACACCGUCGCCUUCAUCGAAGACCACUACGUCAAGGAGCGCGGCCUGUCCCCAGAAUACACAGUCGACUUCCUCCAACGCGAGUACCUCUCCAAGGGCCGCCUCGGCAAAAAGUCGACCAAGGGCGGCCUGUACCCGCACCUCCCCAAGAUCAUUGCCCUCGACCUCGGCAUGGCCAACGAAGACGACGUCUCGACGUCGGGACAGGUCCUCCAGCUCUCGUCAGAGGGCAAGCUGGAGCGCGUGCUCGUCGACCGCCAGCACGUGCCCGACGGCAUCGACAUUGACGCCGACGACACGCAGCGCAUUAUUUGGACCUGCAUGGGGAUACCGGGCAGGCAGGACGGCACCGUCUUGUCCUCGAACCUGAACGGCAGCGACGUAAAGUCCCUCUUCGCGGCCGGCGCCAUCAACACGCCCAAGCAGCUCAUCAUCGAAUCCGUCUCGAAAAAGAUUUACUUUUGCGACCGCGAGGGCAUGAAGGUGUACCGCGCCAACCUCGACGGCAGCGACCUCGAGACGCUCGUCGUCGCCGGCAACGACGCCUCGGAUCUCAAGUCGUGGUGCGUCGGCGUCGCUGUCGCGCCGAAGCUGGGCAAGUUGUACUGGACGCAAAAGGGCGCGCCCAAGUCUGGGCAGGGCCGCAUCUUUUGCGCGAAUAUUGAGAUCCCGGCGGGUCAGACGGCCGAGACGCGGGAUGACGUCGAGUGUUUCCUCGGCGACUUGCCGGAGCCCAUCGAUUUGGAGGUGGACGAGGAGACAAACACCCUCUUCUGGACCGAUCGCGGGGAGAUCCCCCGGGGCAACACGCUCAACCGGGCCGGCAUCGACCCGGCGACGGGCUUACGAUUGCAGUCCGCCGAGGGAUCCAAAAAGUAUGACAUCUUGGUGAGGCACCUCAACGAGGCGAUUGGCGUCAAGUUGGACCGGGAGAAUGGGCACGUUUACUUUAGCGAUCUCGGCGGCAGCAUUUACCGCAGCAACGUGAAUGGCUCGGAGAAGAAGAAGAUCUUCUCCGAUGAUGACCGGACUAUUUCUGGAAUUGCUCUUCUUCGCAUUUAG